UAUAACGCAUAGCAAUGAUGCUAGUGCAACAAUUCCAUAGAGAUUUAAGAUUUUUUUUAAACCAUUUUAAGUCUUCCUAGCCUUAGCCUUAUAUCACUGUCAAUCUUACACCUACUCUCGAAGUUCGAGACUGUCUUAUGUGCCAAUGAACAUUUAUCGUUAACGUUUUGUGUAGGAAAGGUCUUCCGUUUUGCAAACUCCUUACCAAAAAAGGAAUCACUGAGACAGGUUACUAAACCUAGGAAAGAAAACUACGUUCAGCCACUACUAUUUAAGUAGCGGAAAUCGUUUCCGUAGAAACACAACACAAUAGAUGCAUCAAAAAAACACUACCACCGCACUGCCGGUUCAAUCGAAACAUGUCGUUCAACACUUUUCCGUUUCAAUGUUUUCUCCUUUAGAUCUGUAGCACUUAAGCUGUAAAAAGGGUAGCUCUUCUGCGAGCGACUGCACGCAAGACAGUAUAUACAAAGCUAAAACGUUGAAGAGCAAAUCGAUACAGAUGACACAGCGCGAAACACCACACAACGGGAGACAGCGGGCUUGUCACAGUGAGAUCAAAUCAAAAACAAAAUAGAAACAAAAAAAAACUGCACUACACUUUAAGCAUAAACGAUCUUACCCGAUCACAUCUAGAUACGCGUCAGUAGGAAGUGUGCUACGCGAAGAAUGUUAACCAUGGGCCAGCGUUAGGGGCGUAGUUUACCGAUGUAGAUGAAAGCUUAGACGGCAGCAGAAAACACUAACACGAUAUGUUGAAUCAGAAUCAGAACCCCGAUGUCCAAAAAUCUACACAAGCCCGAUCAUCCGAAACAGCGUAGUAAACAACGAAUGCCGGAACAUGGCUUUUACAUACAUGCACAGCUAUUUUAAUCGCACCAAACCGUGGUGUUGUUUAUUGUUUAUUAAUAGCAUAACCUGCCACGAUUGCUACGGGUUCGUGGACUUUCUUCGGGUGAAACCAACGAAUGAGUACGGAAAAUUGUAAUAAAUAUGUAAAUUUCUUCGCUUGUUAAGUGAUAGCUUAUAUAUUUGUAAGUAGUUUAGCGACUAAUCGCGCUGUCAAAAGUCUUGAGGCUUGGAUGCUACUAGGACGCCACCAUAUCGCUUCAUUAGCACGCGUACAGAACAGGAGAAGGAGAGAUAACAAUACGCAAAACAUGUUGUACACAGACCUAGAUUAUGUGUUUUGUUUAUAUAAAAUGAAUAUAUUUACACUCUAUUUGUUGUUGAUUCGCUUGUAGAAAUAAAAGUCAAGUAAAUUCACUGUAUAACCGAAUGUGUGUCUUGUUUUGGGACUUUCGUUCGACCAAUUAGAACACGAAACUCCAACAUGUCGUGUUUCCAUGGGAAGAUUGUAUAAUUUAUGGUUUACUGAUUGCCCUGUGAAUAAUCGUAUCAGGUGCUUAUGAUUGCAUCCGUCUAUAAAUCCGUCCGGGGUUAGAUUUUUGAUAGAUAUCGAAAACGAGAAACUUUGCUUCGCUUAUCAACGACCCUACGUGUUUGACUCCCGAAAAAAAAAAAAUUGGAACACCUGGCCCAAAAAUUCUCCCAGACGGUGUCUGAUCCAAGGUGGCAUUUUAUCAGCGACAUCAUACGAUAUGAUUCGCCCGAGGCACUAUAAAAAGGCUUCCCAGGCAUUGUGUCCAAUUCAAACGAAUACCAUUGUGCUCUUAGAAUGGCCAUCUUGAAGCUGUCCAGUGUGUUCAGUGUGCUGCUGCUAGCGACCAGCACCGUGAUGGGUGCCGGAGUAGCGACCCAUCCCUGUUCGGGCGGACGUCCCAUCCCGACGGAGGUGCGUGUUGAGGGCUGCACGGUUCCACCGUGUGAUUUAGUACGAGGUUCUGAUGCGAUCAUGGAUAUGGACUUCACGGCUCCAUUUGCUGCGUCCAACCUGCGCACGGAAGUGGUAGCAACGGCAUUAGGUGUAACGGCUCCUUUCGAACUGCCGGCAGACCGUGCUGCGGCGUGCAAUUGGCUACUAAAUGCACAGUGCCCUAUCAGCGCUAAUGAGGACAUAACCUACCGGUUAAGCAUGCCUGUUUUGCUGAUUUAUCCUCGUGUGAGCCUUACCGUGGAGAUCAAUCUUGUAGACGAUGCUGGACAAUCGUUGGCUUGUUUUAUGCUUGAUGCACGGGUAGUUUCAGGACGUGUUGCCUAAGAUGCUGUAUCAAGUUUGUAAAUCUAAAUUACACAAAAUAUUAUUUGCAAUUUGAAUAGAGUAUUUACAAUCAUUAUCCGAAAUAGAGAGAGAGAGUUAUAUCAUUGCAAUGAAAUGAAAGAAUCGGAUUGUCGUUUUCAAAAGUUCGUUGAAAUAUUUCAAAGGUGUAUUGUGAAAUAUUUCGUAGACAAUUUGAAGUGCAAUAAAAUUUUAAUUUCAGGAAUGGUUUUGUUACGUUUAGUUACUGUAAAAUGUUAUAACGUUUAGUUACUGUAAAAAGAACCUUUUACAGUGCCAUUUGCUUUCAACAGUAUUGUUUUUGAACGUUGAAAUUAAUAAAAAGUCAAUA